AUGAGCGCGGUGAACAUCACCAACGUGGCGGUGCUGGACAACCCCACCGCCUUCCUCAACCCCUUCCAGUUCGAGAUCUCCUACGAGUGCCUCGUGCCCCUCGACGACGAUCUGGAGUGGAAGCUUAUAUAUGUUGGAUCAGCUGAAGAUGAAAACUAUGACCAGCAGCUUGAGAGCGUGCUUGUUGGCCCUGUCAAUGUUGGGACCUACCGUUUCGUUCUCCAGGCUGACCCACCGGAUCCCUCAAAGAUCCGUGAGGAAGACAUAAUUGGUGUGACUGUGCUGCUAUUGACAUGCUCUUACAUGGGCCAGGAGUUCAUGAGAGUAGGCUACUAUGUGAACAAUGAUUAUGGUGAUGAGCAAUUGAGAGAAGAGCCUCCAGCAAAGGUGCUAAUUGACCGGGUGCAGAGAAAUAUCUUGGCCGACAAGCCCCGAGUCACCAAGUUCCCUAUCAACUUCCAUCCUGAACCCAGUACAGGCACGGGGCAGCAGCAGCAGGAACCCCAGACGGCCUCGCCAGAAAACCACACAGGCAAUGGCGAGGGCAAUGGAAGCAAGCCUGAGGCUGACCAAUGA